AUGUCGCUUGUCGACCCCCGAUUUAAACGGCCAGUGGCCGAGUAUUGGGAUUCAUGGAGUGACGCAAAUUCAGAUUCAGUUGAAGGAGAAAAUGUCUCUCCUUCUUGUUGGGGAGGGAAGCCUGCAGCAGACACAUUUCUUAUGAUUCUCCCUGAGGAUAAGCAGCAGCAGCAGCAGCAGCAACAGCAGAUACAGCCGAUGGUGUCUGCACUGCAGCAGCAACUGCAACAGAAACAGCAGCUGCAGCAGCAGCAGCUGCUGCAGCACGGAACUGGAUCUAGGGUCUUUGUUGACUCUGCACGAUCUUCAAUGGUCUCGCUGCCGCAGCAGCAGCGCAGCAGCACAACUCUUGUACAGCUAAAAUCAAGAGAUGCAGCAGCAGCAGCAGCAGCAUCACCAGCCGCAGCAGCAGCAGCAGAUACACUACCUUCUCAACUUAAUACUGGGCAGCAAGCGGAGGACCCGACCAAGUUGUUAAGUGCAGCAGCAGCAGCACUACCAGCAGCAGCAGCAGCAGCCAACCCUAAAGCUACUAGAAAAGCAUCAGGGGGCCCACAAAAGGGUACUGAGGAGGGGGCCCCCCAUGGCAAGGAGCCGACGAAGAAGGGAUUAGGGGGAAGUAAUCAUAAGAAAGGAGGAAAAGAAAAAGGCAAACAGAAGACAGAGAAAAAGAAAACAACAAACAAAAAGAAGGCAGCAGCAGCAGCAGCAGCAUCACCAACAGCAGCAGAAGACAAGAUAGGCAGAACGCAGCUGAAGCAGCACAAGACGAAACUGCAGCAGGAGGAGCAGGAGCAGCAGGAGCAGCAGGAUCAAGUGCAGCAGCAGCAGGAGCAGCAGGAGCAGCAGAAACAGCAGGAGAUGCAGCAACAGGAGCAGUUACAACAGCAGCAGCAGGAGCAGCAGCAGCAGGAGGAACAGCAGCAGCAGCUGCUGCUGCAGCAGGAGGAGGAAGCAAAAGCCAACAUAUACUAUGACUCAGAGGGCCGUCCUAUGCGUUUGCUUCCCUCUGGUCGUUAUGAACUAUUAGUACCUUAUUGUGUACCUCCUGCAGCAGGAGCAGCAGGAGCAGCAGCAGCAGGAGCAGCAGCAGGCAGCAGCAGCAGCAAUGGAGGUAAUUACUUUAUUCGUAGUCUUCCUAAGAGAUACCCUAAUAGUUUAGCUGCAUGCAGCAGGAAGCAAUCAGCAAUACCUGUAAAGGUGCGGCUGCUGCGGAGAGGAGGGAAAGCAGCAGCAGCAGCAACAGCAGCAAAAGUUGUACAGACUGUACGUCCACCUGUACCCGUAGAGGAAGGAAUUAUACACUUUAGGUUGCUGCAGGUGCAGCAGCAAAAGGACAAAGAAACAAGAAGAGCAAUUGCUUAUGAUUAUACUAAUAAAAAAAGUAAACUUGCUCUUGCUGCUGCUAAUGCUGCUGCUGCUGCUGCUGCUGCUGCUGAAGCUGCUGCGGCUGCUGUACGACAAGUACGAGAGUCAAAGAGAGCUACUUCGCAGGAUGCUGCUGCAGCAGCAGCAGCAGCAGAUGUUGAUGCUACCUUGGACAUGCAGCAGGAGGAACAGCAGCAAACACAGUACAUGCAGCAGCAAUCUGCACAGCUGCAAGAUAUCCAACAAGAAGAGCAGCAGCAACAGUGGGAUCAGCAGCAGCAACAGUGGACUCCUGAGCAGCAGCAGCAAUGGGAACAGCAGCAGCAAUGGGACCAGCAGCAGCAGCAGUGGACACCUGAACAGCAGCAGCAAUGGGAGCAACAGCAGCAGUGGACUCCUGAGCAGCAGCAACAGUGGGAGCAGCAGCAACAAUGGGACCAGCAGCAGCAAUGGGACCAGCAGCAGCAAUGGACACCUGAACAGCAGCAGCAGUGGGAGCAGCAGCAGCAAUGGGACCAACAGCAGCAGUGGACACCUGAACAGCAACAAGAAUGGGAACAGCAGCAACAGCAGCAGCAGUGGACACCUGAACAGCAGCAGCAAUGGGAGCAACAGCAACAGCAACAGCAUCAGCAGCAGGAUCAGCAGCAGCAGCAGGGUUGCUGCAGCUGCAGCUGCAGCAGCAGCAGCAGCAAGCAAGACUGCGACGGUGUAACUAAUUUUCCUGUAUAUUGUGUUUGCUGCGAAUCAAUAACAACAGAAAAAUGCAGCAAAAUAAAGACAACAAUCCUUGAUGAUUCUGCUGCUGCUGCUGCUGUCUGUGCUUGCUGCCCAUCACGUAGCCCCUUAGAGGACGAGGAGCAGCAGCAGCAGCAGCAGCAAGAACAACUGCAGCAGCAACAAACACUGCAAAUGCAGCAAACAGAAGAGCAGCAGCAGCAGCAGGAAGAACAGCAGCAGAAGGAAUCUGGUGGUGGGGGUAUCCUUAGUGGUGUUGCUGCUUGGUUCAGCAAAUGGCCACGUGCUGCUGCUGCUGCUGCUGCAUCACCAAGGGAGGGAGAUGCAGCAGCAGAAGCAGGAGGUGAAACAGGUGCAGCAGACGGAGAACAAGGUGUAAUAGACGAAGAAGAAGCAGCAGCAAUUGCAGAAGCAAAAGCAGCAGCAGCAGCAGCAGAAGCAGCAGCAGCAGCAGCAGCAGCAGCAGAACGUGCAUGCGAAGUACGACGCCCACAGAAACUUCCUCAUAUAGAGAGCGGCAACAUUCCCUAUGUACCUGUUAAGCUUAGGGUAUUAAGAGCAAAGAAAUAUACAAGACCUGCAGCAGCAGCAGCAGCAGCAGCAACAGCAUCGGACCAUUGGUCAACACCCAGCAGCAGCACAGCAGUUACACCAAGAGAGGAUGGUGCAGCAGCAGUUCGUUUCGUGCUGCUGCAGGCACAAACAAGACAAGAUAAGGAAAAAAGAAGACUUGUUGCUUUCUAUCCACCUGCACAUACACCCCAACAAACAGCAAUUCUACGGCAGCAGCGCAUGCUGCAGCAGCAGCAAAUGCGAGGAUUUGUACCUGCUGCUGCUGCUGCACAAGGAAACAGCUGCAGCGCUGCAUGCAACUUACUAAGAGAAGCAUCGCAAGACUCAGAGCAAACAGCAAUAACCAUCAACUUCCAGCACAGGACAUUGGAGGAGCAGCAGCAGCAGCUGCAGCUGCAGCAGCAGCAGCUGCAGCAGCUGAUGGACGACGGAGGGAGGUCCCAGCUUCAGCAGCUCACCCUGCAGCAGCAGCAGCAAAGACAAAGACACCUGGAGUUGAACCAAAGGGAACGAGAGCUACAGAUGAGGCUACAGGCACUGCAGCUGCAGCAGCAGCAGCAGCAGCAGCAGCAGCAGCAAGUAGCUGCAUCCCCUAUUCCUUCACAGAGAUCGCUUGCUUCUGAGCCUAUUUCUUUUGUGUCUUCUAAGGCCCUACAGACUGCAGCAAGAGCAGCAGCAAAGGUAGCAGCAAGACGUGAACGUGCUGCUGCUGCUGCUGCUGCUGCAAAAGCAGCAGCAGAUGCUGCUGAGGCAGAGGCUGCUGCAGCAGCAGCAGAAGCAGCAGAGAGGGAGAGCAGCAGACGCACAUCAAGAACGGUGAUUGAAGAGGUAGCUCAAGUUGCAGCAGCAGAAGCAGCAGCAGCAGCAGCAGCACUGCAGCAAACACCCGAAGCAACUAGGAGAGAACGCAGCAAAAGCGGAGAACCUCAUCUGCUGCAGCGAAUCAGCAGCUGCUGCUCUGUACAUACAGCUCAAGAUGCUGCUGCUGCAGAUGCAGCAACAGGAACAGCAGCAGCAGCAGCAGAUGAGGACAAUGCAUCUACCACAAGACACGUUGCCUGUUGGAUAUCCAUGAGGUCCUCCUGCAUGCCCGCCUCCUGCUGCCAGCAGCAGGAAGAGAAACAGCAGCAACAGCCGGAGGAAGAGCAGCAGCAGCAGCAGCAGCAGGAAGCACAGCAGCAGCUCAUCAACAGCGCAUGCAGCUCGCGUGUAUCUUUGGUGACGAAUUCAGAGAAUUUCCUCAGCACAUUUCCAGUGCAGCCAGAGCAGCUGCAGCAGCUGCUGCAGCAGGAGCAGCAGCAGCAGGAACAGCAGCAGCAGCAGCAGCAGCAAGAGGGAUGUAUGAACAAGAUAUCCUGCUGCUGCGCACAAGAAGCAGCAAAGUCAAGGUGCAGCAGCAGAAGUUCCUUACCUCUAGACAUGAUGGGAGGCAGCAGCAGGAGAACCCUACCAGAGAUGCAGCAGCAGCAGCAGCAGCUAGAGCAGCAGCAGCAACUAGAGCAGCAGCAGCAGCUAGAGCAGCAACAGCAGCUAGAGCAGCAACUGCAGCUAGAACAGCAGCAGCAGCUGGGGCAGCAGCAAGUAGCUUAUAUCAUCGGAGCUCCUUGGGCAGGGGCCCCCCUACCGGAGGGUACAACACUUGCCCUUGGGGCCCCCCUAGGGGCCCCCCAAGGGGCCCCUCUUAUACAAGGAGAGAUGGUAGAGGCAGCACCUGUACCCGUAGAGUCAUUACCUAUAGAGGACCAACUAAGAGUAAGAAGAGCCUUAGAGGAGUACAUGCAGCAGCAGCAGCAGCAAGAGGUGCAGCAAGGGGAGGAGGGAGUCCAGCAACAAGUGCAGCAGCAGCAGCAGCAAGAGCAGCAACAAUACGGUUACUUGCUGCAGCAGCAGCAAUAUGCACAUAACCUACAAGUGUAUAUGCCUGCAGAAGUUUCUGUUGCUGUAGAUCCAGAAGGGUCUGCAGCACCAGCAGCAGCUGCUGCUGCUGCUGAUGGUGCAGCAGCAGCAGCAGCUGGUGGAGCCCCUAUGUGGGUCUUGCUUUAUCCAACAGCAGACAUGCAGCAGCAACAGCAGCAAACAGCAGAUGCGCAGCAGCAACAGCAGCUGCUGCAGCAGCAACAGCUCGUUGUCUUCCCUGAACAACUCGAGCAGCUGUGGCUGCUGCAGCAGCAGCAACAACAGCUACUGCAGCAGCAGCAGAUGCUGCAGCAGGAACUGCAUACUGCAAACGCCACCUACACUAUUGCAGCAGACGCAGCAGCAGCAAAAGCAGCAGAAGCAGCAGCAGACUUACCUCCACAAGAGGAAGGGGUACUUUAA